GGUGGAGGGUGGGUGCGCCUUGCCCGUCUCUGCUGCAGGGCGUGAGGAGGAUCCCUUUGGGGGAGCUGCUUUAGCGGGGGAAAGUGGGGCGCGGAAUGCUUAGAACAGGAGCUUUCUGGAUGGUGACGAUGGAUUUUAGCCGAGUGAAACCCGCGUCUCGCUUUAUUUCACGAAGAUCGGCCGGAAGUGCGCUGCAGAGAGAUCUAGGGCACUGACCUGUCCUCCCCUUCUGCCUGCGUGUUCCCCAGUGAUGCCCAGCGGUGUCUCAGAGUGGCCAGAGACGAUCCUUCCCGUGUCAGUUCGCUUCCCCUCUUUGAAGGACGCUCUGAGUAGUUCAUUGUUGGUCCUCUUAAUAAUUAACCACCGCGGGCAGAGAAGAACCAGCAGUUCAGAAGGGUGGAAACGAGGAUAGGACUGAGCCAGGAAGAGCUGCGGGCAGGAGCUGAAGGCCGCUGGGCUCCGUUCUGCCAAGACCUGCAUCCGUGGGCGGGUAGGGGGUCCUGGGUGCAUAGCUAACCGUCAUCAGCCCAAGUCACCAGGCUGGCCCUCUUGCCGCCGUGGUCUGAAUCCCCCUCACCGGGUGAAAUCCAUCUCCAUGACGACCUUCACGGAGGGCGAGGUGCAGUUCCUCCAGUCCCGUGGGAACGAGGCCUGUCGGAAGAUCUGGUUGGGCUCUUUUGACUCACGGGCGUCCCUGCUACCAGAUUCUCAGGACCCUCAAAAAGUGAAGGAGUUUCUGCAGGAGAAAUAUGAGAAGAAAAGAUGGUAUGUGUCGCCGGACCAAGCCAAAAGCUUAGCCUCUUCGAGUGUCCAGAGCUCCCCUGCAGAGGCCAAGACGUUGCUGGGGGAGUCGGCGGCCAAGGCCCCCCAGGUAUCAGAGAAAGCCCCACCACAGGCUGCUCAGCCAGCCAAAAAGGCCAGCACAGACCUCCUGGCGGACAUUGGGGGUGACCCCUUUGCGGCCCCCCAGCCUGGGCCUACCUUCCCUGCCUUUGGAGGCCAGGUGCCAGCCCGCACAGCCUUCCCCAGCUUCGAUGCCUUUGGAGGAAGCCCUGCAGGGUUGACGUUUGGGGACCCGUUAGCCUCCAGCCAGAGCCCUUUCCAGAGUCAGCCGGUCGCUGCAGGUGGUGCCCACGUGGCAGCCUUCCCCGCCUCCCCUGCCAGCCAGCCCGGCGUGGGCAUUCCGAGCCUGGGCGGAGCCUUCCGCGUGGGAGGGAUCCCAAGCAGUGUCUUCGGGACCCUCAGCCAGUCCUCUGUUCUGCCCCCAUCCAGCCCUGCUGCGGCCUUCGGGGUUCCGACCUGCACCAACCCCUUUGCUGCCCCGGCAGCCACCCAGCCCGCACUUCCGUCCACCAACCCCUUCCAGACCAACGGCCUGGCUCCAGGCACCUUCAUGGUUGGGUCUCCCGGCGGCUUCUCGGCCUCCCCCCUCUCUGGCGCUUUUGCUUCCCCACUGCAACAGGAGCCGCUGUUCUUCCCCACACAAGGAGUUGUGGGUCAGCCGCACAAUGGCGGGUCCUCCUUCGGUGGGUUUCCUGCAGCCAGAGAUGGACAGAGGCCGCUCGGACCCCCGGCUGGCUUUUCCACCAACCCUUUUGUGAACCCAAUGGCCGCAGCACCUUCACCCCCCUUUGCCCUGGCAAAGCAUCCCCCCACCAACCCUUUCUCCUAGCGCCGGCAUCCAGAGUCGGUGGAGACCCUCAACCUGCCUCAGGUGUGCACAGCAGGGCCUCCGCCCCCAGGAACGGGGGCCCCGCCUCGGAAGAGACCAAAGGCAACGUGUGAUGGGUCUCGUGGGCAGCCGGGACCCGGGCAGCAGGCAGGCGGAGGGGCAGGGCGGGUGGCAGCAACGGUUGAGGAAACCCCGUGAGACCUCAGAGGGGCUCCCGCUGCAGGGAGCGCAGAGGCUGCAGUCCGUGCAGCCCCCCACCCCCUCCAGUGCGGCACCUGCCGAGAGGCCCUUGAAGCCGUCCUGCUCCAGCUUGGGGGCUCCUGCGCCUCACCUAUGGCUUCCUCUUCUGCCCCCCAGUCUCCCAGCAGGCCUUGCUGUUACUGCUCCGGGACCACCAAGGGACAGGCAGUGCCCGUUCUGGUCUCUGCGCAGUUCGGUGCCACUUUCCAUCCUCUUUGGCCUCUCCCGCCCGCUUCUUAUGCCCACCAGGCAGCGUCUGGCCAAGGAAAGGUUAGCAAGGAUGCCGUGCUAGAGCCCCCUCGGCUGGCCAUCCUCUCGUUGCUCUUGCAAUUUUAUUGCACUAAAUCGGGGGGAGUAGGGGGGUCAAGGAAGCUUCGCCUAGUGAGUCCCCGUGGGAGGUUUCGUGUGCCCAUCAGCCACGGCACCCUGGCUAAGCCAUAAGGAGAAAGAACCAGGAAUUGCUCCCUCCCCAGCCCUGUAGACUUCUUGCAGCACCGUGGGCUCCCCCCCCCACAAAUCUCCUUUUCAAAGGAAAAGACGCGGGAGGGUCAGCUGUCCCACCUGGCUGAGGUGGUCAUGUGCAAGAUGGUUGGGAGCCUUUUCUGGGUUUUGAGGUCCACAUUUGGGAGGUCUGGGCAGUCCCACCCGCAACCGCCUCCCGUGUGGGUGCGCUCAUCUGACAGCUGCCCCGGCCAGAGGCCAUGGGGGACCGACCUGGGCUUCCCGGGGGGAGACCUCUCUCCUGGGGUCUGUUCCCAGGUGCCGCUCUCACCCCCCGUUUCCCUCCCCCCGUCAGAGGAAAGUCAGGGUCGAGCUGCCCUCCAAAGUCUUCCACCCCCAACCCCUCUUGUCAAUCAGUGCCUGCUCAGUUAAGUGUUCAGAAGCGACAUUUUGCGCUGCCCAGCUUUCAGAAGCGAGCACAUGUCAUGUUCUGUCUUUGAGGAUUUCAGAAAAUCCGUCUGGGCUGCUUUAACCUCCGCUUGGUUGAGAGCAGAAAACCAGAACCGGAAGCAAAGAAGCUUGCUUUCCCUUAGUAACUGGGUAGCUGAGCAGAAAAACCACAGCCCUGGUGAACGGGCGGUCCUGGUUUUGUGUUCCUCGCUGUACGGCAGCCCCAGGCCUUUGCACGUCUGUGUCCGCUCGCUCACAGCGUUUCAUUCUAGGGCUCUUCCGGAGGAAUGGUCUGCCCACCGCACUUCACCUGGCCAAGUUCUCCAUGCUAGUUUUUGUAACCCUGACUCUUUCCCCUCUUCCCAUAAAGAAGACUGGAGUUUAUAUUUUCAAGAGAAAUAUGGACUACGUUUUUAAAGCUAUAUCUAUAUGCUCACAAAAUAUAUAACACAAAUGUGUUGCACUCAAAAUGUCUAUAAAUAUCUAUAUGGGAAAAGAAGUA